UAGUAAAUAAAGAUUUUAUAUUAAAUAAAAUAAAAAAAGGGAAACAAAAAUUAUUUUAAAAGUGAAAAGUGUACCCAUUCAUUACUUGGAUUACUCGCUUAUUUUACCGCCACUUGGAUUACCUGUUGACCGAACGGUGCGCCAUCAAUCGCAAUUUCCUUUUCGGAUUAUUAUCAUUUGCAAUCUUUUGAAAAUUGGAAUUUGUUUUUUUUAUCAAUAUAUCAACCUCGCACAUCAUGGCAGAUUUAAAAGCGACCAACGCUUCAACGGAAAAUCUCUACAUGCAAUUAAACGCUUCCGAAUUAUCAGCAAUUAUUAUGAAAGGUUCUCCGCACUCCAAUGAUCGGGAUGCUGGUUUUUGUUCGGGUAGUUCAGAAGGUGGGGAUGAUUGCUCCAUUGAUCAUUUACGAAUGGAUCCUAGUAGUCCAACUGAUGCUUCCGAGGAUUCGGUCGAAGUUAAAGUGAUGCCAAUUUCUUUAGUUCGAAAUAAACGUAAAAGUUCCGAACCAUCUAAAGUAGUGUGUGAGCGUAAACAAUUGUCUACAGCUCAGUCACAUGGUCCUUUAAAGAAACGCAUUCGGUAUACCUCGAAUACAGAUUCAGCUGUGGUAUUAACUCCGCCUACAAUGACUGUAACCUCACCAUCACCCCACUUAUGGGAUCCUAGUCAAGUGCUACCUCAUGAGUUUAUGCCAAAUCCGGCUCAGGUAUUUGUGCGUCAUCCCGGUGUUACUACGCUACAUAGAGCGCCUGUAGAUUUUGCUGAAUCGCAAGAACAAGAGGAACCUUUAGCCUUGGUCUUAAGGAAACCUACAGUCAACUCACAUACCGUAAUUACUGCAGAAGAAGAAUGUACAAAAACAUUAAAAUCUCCUAAAUCUCUAUCACCUAAGAAACGUUUGUCGGCUGCAGCAACCAGAGAAGACGAAAUCUUGCAAACACCGGAAACGUUCACCGAUUUAGCGGCUUUAAGCUCGAGCACUGCUUCGACUUCAAAUUCGGUUUACAAUGAAAGUGCUCUGGAUCCGUCUGUUGGCAAAAAUUCCUCUGCAUCCACAACAAAACCUCAGCAACGUAAUUAUAAGAAUAUGACCCGCGAGCGACGUAUUGAAGCCAAUGCCCGAGAACGUUCACGUGUGCAUACAAUCUCAGCAGCCUAUGAAACUUUAAGGCGAUCAGUACCGUCUUAUUCCAGCAAUCAAAAAUUAUCCAAACUCUCUGUACUGAGAGUGGCCUGCUCAUACAUUUUGACCUUGUCGCGCAUGGCCGGUUAUGAUUACAGUAAGGAUCAAUGCGAACCCUCAAUAGCUUCCUGUUUCGAUGCGGUUACCGCAACCAUACAGACCGAAGGUAAAAUUCGCAAAAAGAAAGAUGAAUAAAUCCAAUCUUCGCCUCAAAGUUCAUAAAUAUGGCUUUGUUUGACGCUGUUCCAGACGACUGAACUGCUAUUUUUUAUAAACAAAAACAAAAAUAAAUAAAUAAAAAAAUAAAUAUAAUAAUAAUAAUAAAAAAAUUUAAGCUUUAAGCUUUUUUCCUAUUCACAAGGCUAUUUUCUUUUAAAACUUUUUCAUGGCUUUAAAGCGCUCAAAGCUUUAUCGUCAAGCUAGAUGCGGUUCGUUAUUGAUAAGCUCAUAGUGUUAAAAGUUUCUUAAUAACUAAUAACAAAUACAAACAAAAUUGUGAUGUUGCUUUACUUAAACACAAGGAAAAAGAAAGAAAACCCACUAUCUUUAAUAAAAUAAAAAAUAAAAAAAGAAAAAUA